AUGCCGGAUGAUCCAACUGAUCUGUUCUCUUUGUUCGAAGAACGAAUCGCUGAGAUGCCAGCUGAGAGAGAAGUUGCGGCUGCAGAAGUGUCUGCAAAGGCUCCAUCUAGUGUUGCUAGAAAGGCGUCACAGGCAACACUUGGCAACAAUCGUCAUAUUGUUAAGCCAUCUGCUCCGCCGGAGAAGCCUUUAUCUCCUUUAUUCUUUCCAUCGCCGGCCCCCGAAUCCGCUGCUAAUGCCGAUCCCCCUUCCAACAAAUCGAAGCCUUCUCGCCAGAAGUUACUUAUUACUUCACGGCGUGAGGUACCCUGCCAACGGUGUCUGGUUCAUUAUAGCCAGUGGGCCGAGGGGGAGAUACCGUGGUGUGGGAAUGACAACAGCGCUUCGGCAAAGUGCACCACAUGCAAGAAGCAUGGCAAGCAGUGUAUCACGCCUACAGGGAUACAGCUUGCUGCUGGCUUAAAGUUGCAAGAUGCGUCGCUGCUAAUAAGUGGGCAGGUUGACCUUCAGGCGGCGCAGCUAGAAAUGCGCCGUGCUCUUACCAAGGCCCGCACCUCCGACAUGAAGGCAAUGGAAAAGGCUGUCAAGAUUGAGUCUCUCGCGAAGGUCACUGCGAACGAGCGUGCCGAGUCACUUCUUUCACUCCGCACGGAAAGUGUGUCGCAGCUUAAGGUCAUUUCUGCUGCACUGAAGCGAAAGCGCGAGUGGGAAGACGAUUCCGUGGCGGCGACGAAGCGUAUGGCCACCGCCCUUGAGAAGUUGACGGCCUCCCAGGAGGAGUACCAGAAGAGCGUUACCGAGGCUCUAGCGAGGUCGCUGACCAACCAGACGCAGUUGACUACCAUUGUUUCGCACCUGAUUUCCAUUGUGGGUGUAGGCGAGGGUGAAAGGGCUCCUGAACAAAGCCCUGCUGCUACCACGCUAGGUGAACCCACCGAACAAGAGGCUGAUCAUGAGCUUGAGACGAUAGGGGAUGGCUUGGAGUAG